GAUAACAUAUAAAGUGAAUUCCGUUUUCCUAUAAUAUAUAAAAGCGAAACAUUUUGCAAAUUGAUUCAGUGUGCAUUUAUUAUUGACUUAAAACAAAUCAAUAACAUGUAUUUAUCGGCACUAAUAUUGGCAUUGGGUGUGUUGGGGGCACAGGCGGACUGGCAGUUGGUCUGGUCCGAUGACUUCAACGGCACUGAGUUGAGUGACGCCGAGUGGAACUACGAGGAAGGCGGCGGAGGUUGGGGUAAUAAUGAGUUGGAGUACUACACGAAACACGUGAAAGACAACGCCCGGGUGGAGGGGGGAUCGCUGACCAUCAACGCCAAAGUGCACGAUCAGGGGGGACGACAGUUCACGUCAGCCCGACUCACAUCCAAGAAGUCGUGGACUUUCGGCAAAUUCGAGGCCAGAGCUAAGCUCCCGAAAGGCAAGAACUUAUGGCCAGCCAUUUGGAUGAUGCCUAAGGCCUCCGUCUACGGCGGAUGGUAU